AUGGAUGCCAUGUCGAGCUUCGCCGAUGCGUUUGACCACUGGGCGCAGGUCAUGCCCGAGCGCCCGGCGGUGCGGGACGCGCGGAGCUGCCUCACCUGGGCGGAGCUGCGGGCGGCCUCCGAGAGGCUCGCCGCGGCCAUCGGGGCGGCGGCGGAGACGUCUGAGACGGUGGGCCUCCUGGCGAAGCGGUCGCCCCCGUGGCUGGCGGCCACGCUGGCGCUGCUGCGGCUCGGGCGGCCCUUCGCCUGGAUGGGCGCGGAGCUGCCGAAGGCCAAGCGCCCCGCGGAGCUGCGCCGGAACGAGGAGAUCCUCGAGGUGCUGCGGCCUGGGCUAGUCCUGCUAGGGGACAACCUACCCCCGGAGGCGCUCCCCGACUUCGAGGCGCUCCCGCAGCCCCCGCGGCUGCUGCGCAUCGGGGAGUGCCUCGCCUCGGCACCGGCGCCGCCGCUGCGUCCGGCGCCUUUAGUGCCGCCGCGUCGCGCGGAAAGAGGCGCUUUGAUGUGCUUUCAGCUGACGGGGGGCACCACUGGGGGCUCCAAGGUGGUGGAGGUGACCCAUGCGAUGGCGCUGCACGAGCUGGCGGCGUAUCCCAAGGCCUUCCCGGAGCUGAGCCACGAGGACCGGGUGCUCCAGCACACGCCGGUGCUCUGGGCCGCCAGCGCCUUGGGGCAGAUCGACGUCGCGGUGUCCGUGGGGGCCACGAUUUGCAUCGCUGAGACGUUAGACCAGGACGCGCUCCGGGAGCUGCAGCCGACGGUGCUGGGUGUGGUGCCCUCCUCCUUGGAGUCCCUGCAGCCGGCGGAGGCCAAGACGGUGCGGUGGAUCUUCACCUGGGGCGAGACGCUGCCGCCCGCUUUGGGCAGCCGCUGGGCGGAGCGGCGCCGGGUGGUGGAGCUGCUGAUCAGCACCGAGUACUGGCUCAGCCUCUACAGCGCUGGCCGCAGCAGUGAGGGUCGCAGCAUCUACAAGGCCGUCCCUGGCGCUGAGGUGGCCGUGGCAACGGAUGGCCAGGUGCAACGCCACGUGGGCGCCACGGGGGAGUUGUGCCUGCGGGGCCCCAUGGUCACCACGGGGUACCGAGGCCUCGAGGGCAGCUCCUUCAUUGAUGCGGGGGACGGCGCGCCCUACUUCAAGACCUCGGACCUGGUGACGCUGGUGGGGAGCGACCCCACCUGCCUGGAGUUCCGGGGACGGAGCGAUAUGCUGGUGAAGGUGGGUGGGCAGUUUGUGGACCUGCUUGAGGCGGAGAUGCGCCUGAAGGCUGCCUUGCUGCCCCCUCCCGAGAGCACCGCCACCGCGAGCGCUGAGAGCCUGGCGCAGGAGGUGGCGGUGCUUCCCGGCUCCGCCGGUGGCCCGCGCGCGCACGUCUUCGUGUCUGCCAGCGACGGGUCUGGUGCGGCCGCUGCCAGGCUUAUCCAGCGCGCAAGAGGGGCGCUGCCCGGAAGCGCGCUGCACCUGCUGGGCAAGGCCCUGCCAAAGGAUCCAAUCUCCAACAAGGUGGACCGGCGCAGCUUGCUGGGCGGCCUGGUCGGGGAGAUGGAGACGCAGGACAUCUGGCCGGUGCUGCGUGCCAGGCUGCAGACCCAACUUCUUUGGCUGACGGUAAUGGGCCUGCCCGGGGUUGUGGACUUGUCUUUGCGAAACAUCUCCAGGCGGAUGCGAGUGCUGGGCCUGGGCCUGCACCUGUGGCUGGUGCCGUACCUCUGGCUCCUGUCGCUGCACGUGCCCGUGCGCCAAUGCAGGUAUGUGAUCAACUACGUGCCCUUUGGACGCGUGGGGUUGCUUUGCUUGUGGUACCACUUGGCCCGCGGAGCAGGCAGGACUGCGCUGCUGGCGCGGGGGGCACUAGCCGUGGCCGCUGGUGCGGGUGUAGUUCUGGCGGCGAGGCUGAACGCCGUGCUGCCGUGGUGGGUCGCUUUUUGGCUGGCCAUCCCAGAGACGGCCCAGGGCGAGUGCGACUGGUGGCUGAAGAAAGAGGGCUGGAAAUGGUAUGGCGACGAACUGGUGGAGAAGGCGUUGAGCGCCCCGAGCAGGAGUGUGGUAUGGGGCGACAACUUGCUCCAGCUGGUCCUGGACCUGCCCAGCCACCUCGGCCGCCUCCGCAGCCUCAAGCCUGAGCCCUACGAGCUCCCGGAGGAGCUUUGUGCUCGUCCACAGGCGGAUGAGGUAAAGGCUGGGACCUCCCCGGGUGCCGGGCUUGGCCUUGCCUCAAGCACCGGGACCGAGCCAGAACCGGCAGAGGCGGCCAGCUCGCCGGAAGCCGCGCCUUUUGCGGCGUGCGCAAAGGUGGAGGUGGAAGAGGCUGGUCCAGAGGCAGCCGCGCCGGCAACCUCCGUGGAAGCGACGGAAGAGGCUGCCAGUUCUCCGGAAGCCGCUGCGCCUGCAGCCUGCACAGAGCCGGAGGUGGAAAAGGUGGGCUCGCCGGAAGCAGCUGCGCCGGCUGUGUCCGAGCCGAAGCUGCCAGAGGUCGCUGACAACUUCGGCGCCUUUGAAGGGGCCAGCGAGCCGGAAUGGUCUUGUGAGGAGUGUCGAGUGCCCCUACCUUGGGGCAGCGACUGGCGCCAGGAGGCCGAGCUCUUCUACUGCCGGUCCUGCCACAAGGGCUUUGAUGACCGGUGGUGGGAUUUCCACACCCGCGACGUGGUGGAGCUGGAGGUGGCCGCCGACGAAGCUGAGGCCGACGCAAGCGGCGAAGGGAGCAGUGAGUGCGAUCUGCGGCCGCGGACCUUGGCGGGGCAGGAGCUGCUGCGGUGGCUGCCCAGGCAGCAGCCACGGCUCAGCGAGGCGCGGCUCAGCGGCGUGGACAGCUUGGCGGUGCUGACGCUCUGCCGCCAGCUGCGCCUUGCGGUGCCCGGGCUGCGACUGCGGCCCCAGGACGUCUUCCAGUGCGACACCUUGGGGGAGCUUCUGACGCUGGUGGAGGGCUGCCCCUUGGACGCCGCAGAUGACCUUCCCGCGCCCAGCUAUGGCCCUGGAGAGAGCCGGGCGGUUUGGUUCACUCCGGGCCAGGUGAACAACACCUGCAAGUGGCUCUACGGUUGCAAGGGCCUGCUGGAUGAGGGCUGCUUCCGGCGCGCCUGCGCGCGGCUGCUGGGGCGCCACGAGGGCCUCAGGGCGGAGCUGGGUCCUGUGGGCAUGGAGAUGCUCCGCUUCCUGCGGGACGUCCCGGCGCUGCACGCGCCGCUGUGGCCGCAGCUGGAGCCGAGGGCGCGGAAGCUGGGCCUGGCGCGGCCGCUGCGCGCCUGCAAGGAGCUCUGCGCCUGGGGCCUGAAGCACAGCUGGCCGCGGAGCCACCCGCGGCCCGUGACGCGGCAGUUCCUGGAGGAGCGCGUGCUGGUGGUGCGCUGCAAGAGCUGGCGGGACUUGGAGCUGGCGUACUCGCGGCUGAGGGAGGAGUGGCGGUCGCCUGUGGCCAUCGCCCUCUUCCUGCUGGAGCGCGGGCGCGAGGAGAAGUCGAUGAGUACCUGGGAGCGCCCGGAGGACUGGCGCGGGCCUACCAGCUUUCUGCAGUUCAUAGUGUCCCACGCCUGGUCCGACGGCUUCUGCGGAGUGCCGCUGGUGCAGGAUUUCUCGGCCCUCUACGUGCAAGAGGAGGCAGCCGCAGGCAAGGGCUCGGGCGUGUGCCAAGCCUCCCUCCUGCCCCUGCCCAACGGAGCGGCCUUCCAGGCUUUGGAGUCCCGGCUCUUUGCGGCUCUGGACUGCCAGCCUGGCUGGAGCCACCCGGACCAGAUGUCGCUGCGCUCGGCGAUCUUCGACGAGACGCCGAAGUGGACACCCUGGGUCUACAACCAUGAGGUCCUGCUGGAGGCCAGCGCGGUGGCGGGCCUGCGGAGCUGCGCCGGGAGGACCUUCGACGUCCAUCCCGAGAUUUUCCCUUUGAAGGUCAACCAUUGCGGUCUGUGA